GAGAGGUUAUGUGUCAGAUCAAUGGGAAAAAGAUUAAAAAAUUGUUUGUGGUGAUAUUUUGUGCUUUUCCCAAGAAUAAUGUCUAAUCUACAGAAGUCAAUCAUGAAGUCACGUCUUCCACCAAUACCAUCAGUCCCAAAGGUGUCGAGAAUGGAUGGAAGUUCCCGGCGUAUGUUUCAGAAGGAUUACACCCCGAAGGAGUGGCAUGAGUACUUUAAGGAGCGUCAGAUGGUGUCUGUGGAAGAUAAUACCUUCUGUGUGUAUAAAUCGGCUGAGCCUGUGGAGAAGGGACCACUGAUUGUGCUACUCCAUGGAGGAGGAUUUUCAGCUCUAACUUGGGCCCUUUUCUCCACGGAAAUCACCUCAAUGAUCCACUGUCAGUGCCUGGCGGUGGAUCUUCGUGGGCAUGGUGAGACAGAGACGACAGAUGAUUGGGAUCUCUCAGCCACAACAUUGGCCACCGAUGUGGCCAAAGUUAUUUCAACAAUGUAUCCCGAGGGUAAUCCUCCGAUAAUUCUCGUUGGACACUCUAUGGGUGGUGCCAUUGCUGCUCAUCUGGUGCACCUGAAUCUCGUGUCAAAUCUAAUUGGUCUGACGGUUAUUGAUGUGGUUGAGGGGACAGCAAUGGAGGCUCUGGCGAGUAUGCAGAGUUUCUUGAGGUCACGACCGAGCUAUUUUAAGAGCAUCCCACAGGCGAUAGAAUGGAGCGUUCGAAGUGGACAGAUAAGGAAUCUCGAGUCGGCUAAGGUCUCCAUGCCAGGACAAAUACUAAACAGCGAAACAAAUAAGUUGGCAACAAAUGAACUUCCCCUGCCCGAAUCCAGUGAACCCCAGCCGGCCACACGGACUUUCACAAAUCCUCUGACUAUUGCUGAAGAUCCAGAGUCGGAAGUUCAGGAAACUCCAGAGCCUGUAUUCAAGCAACCCCAGCCAGAUUUGCUGAAUGCUAAAAAGUAUAUUUGGAGGAUAGAUUUGUCCAAGUCAGAAAAAUUCUGGACAGGAUGGUUUGAGGGUCUGAGUCAGAAGUUUCUAGAUUUACCAGUGGCCAAGCUUCUCCUUCUGGCCAGUAUUGAUGGAUUGGACCGGACGCUGACUGUUGGUCAGAUGCAGGGUAAGUUCCAGAUGCAGGUGUUGGCUAGAUGUGGACAUGCUGUCCAUGAAGAUCGCCCAGGAGAAGUUGCUGAAGUGAUUGCUUCCUACAUGAUACGCAAUGAAUUUGCCCAGGCCUGUGGAGACUUUGUGCGUCAUAUGCCGGCAUGCUGAAAAUACUGUAAACAGGGGGAGAAUAUUAAUUAUUUUUGGAAGAUCUUCCAAUAGUUCAUUGUGAGAUUUUUUUUUGUCAUGCUUCUGGGGUACAAAUAUUUGGGGGAAUUAUCUGUUGUAUGGGAAAUAUUUUGUAACUAUUGAUAAUAGUGUCAGAUUAAUUGGGUUUCUCAGUGAGAUAAUCAGAGAUGAGGUGUUUGUAGCCACCAGUUCCCAAGUACACAUUCUCCUUCUUUGCCUGGAAGGGCAAUUUAACCGUUGCAGUCUCUACAAGUUGAUCCUCAAGCUUAUUGGCACGCGUAACAAACAUGUAGUUCAGACGGACCAUUACCCAAAUAAAUGUAUUGGCUGCGACUACUACAAGACAUGUAAACACUAAGGAAAAAAUAAUAAAAGGUUUUAGUUUA